CAGGCUGUUGAAAAUUGUGUCGCUGAUCGCGCGGUGCUGCCGCUAAAGAAUUCUUUAGGUGGCAGCAUACGUCGAAACUACGACCUUCUGCUUCGCCAUAAUAAGCUGCACAUUGUUGGCGAGGUGCGGCUCGCGGUUCGCCACUGCUUGUUGGCCAACCGUGGUGUCAAGAUUGAGAACCUACGGAGCGCCAUGGGCCAUCCUCAAGCCCUUGCGCAAUGUGAGCAAACACUGACGAAGUUAGGCAUCGAUCAUAGAGAAGCUGUUGAUGAUACAGCCGGCGCGGCCAAGUAUAUUGCAGAACAAAAACUCCAAGACACUGGUGCAGUUGCUAGUUCGUUAGCUGCUCAACUUUAUGGACUUGAUAUUCUUGCAGAAAAUAUCCAGGAUGACACAGAUAACGUAACCCGUUUCAUGAUGCUGGCUAGAGAACCCAUUAUUGCUCGCACUGAUAAGCCAUUCAAGACCAGUAUAGUGUUCUCACUAGAAGAAGGGCCUGGACAACUCUUCAAGGCGCUCGCAGUGUUUGCUGCUCUCAGAAAAAUUAAUCUCACCAAGAUGGAAAGUCGUCCACACAACAAAAGACCUCUACGUGUAGCUGAUGAUAAUUGUUCCACACCACUGAAGCACUUCGAUUACCUUUUCUAUGUAGAUUUCGAGGCGUCAAUGGCUGAUCCAAAUGCUCAGAAUGCUCUGAGUAACUUAAAGCAAGAGUUUGCUACAUUCCUGAGAGUUCUUUGAAGCUACCCUACUGAUGUUAGUGAAACAUGAAUUUUCUGGCACCUGCUUCAUACGAUGUGCUUUUGAGUUUGUUGUCAAUAUUUGGCUCCGGAAGAGCAGCAUUUUUUCAACGAGGAAGAGUUGCCAUUUUGUAACUCCACGAUUCGUUUCUGUCCACAUUAAAUCUUCAUGGGGGUAAUCCAAGUAAUGACAUGGGUGAUGCCGUGAUGGAAUAGAAAUUUCCAUGUCUUACAACCAGAGUCCUGAGAUGAAUUCAGGAGGACCAUUUGCAGUUAACGUCAUGGACAUUGUUCCGCAAUGCAAACCGAGUAUAUAAUCUAGGUUUUCGGCACUCAGAUACAUCCAGAGGUCUUUCAUAUCCAAGCAUGAUUUGAAUAAUCUAUUGCAGCUCCCUGGUCACCUUAUGGUCCCUAUGAAUCUCCUGCAGUCGCUCGUUGGCCACACUUCACAUGGUGAAGAAAAAGUCUUUCAGCACAAAGAAAAGAUUAUCAACUUCAGUAAGGAAAUAAACCGUAAUAUAGUAUCCAUUCAAGAGAAUACCAUGAAAUACAUUGGUGAUGGAAUACCAAUUGGUAUGUCUUAUGGUGGGUCUCCUGUGACCAAUACAGCUGGAACAGAUGCAGGAAUGGUGAACAAUGAUAUGAUUGUAAUGCGUGGAACUAUAUCUGAUCAGAAUAGUUUUGAAAAGAGGAACAGGAAAAAGCGUGCUGCAAAAGCAACAACACAUGAGAGGAACAUGCCAGAGUUGGUUAUAGAUCAUUUCAUUGAAGCCUUCAACAAUAAGCAUCUCAGGGUCAACAGAUUCAAGAAACCAAACCAGUAAGUAAAAUCUCCCUGAUUUGGUCAAGUAUGAAUAUUGUUUUUAAAAUGAUAUGUAAUUUCAAGAUUACUUCCUUUUCUUCUUUUUUUCAUAAUGCUUGCUGAUACGUCUCCAACGUAUCUAUAAUUUCUGAUGUUCCAUGCUAGUUAUAUGACAAUACCUACAUGUUUUGCUCACACUUUAUAAUGUUUUUAUGCAUUUUUCGGAACUAACCUAUUAACAAGAUGCCGAAGUGCCGGCUC